AUGGUUUCACCCCCCAGCCUAACAAAGUCCAAGCAAGUCUCGCAAGGACCCCUGGAUCCUGCUGAGGCCAAAUGGACUCGAUUGGUCAAAACAACCUAUACUGAUCCGCUGGGCAUUGAGCGAACCUGGGAAUCUGCGGAGCGACAGACUCGUCCUGCUACGGCUGAGAUCGACGGUGUGGGGAUCGUUGCUAUCUUGAACAUGUCGAGUGGGCCAGAAUUGCUUCUUCAAAAGCAGUAUCGGCCUCCGAUUGACAAGGUUGUUAUCGAGGUUCCGGCUGGCCUUAUCGAUGCCGGUGAGACUCCCGAGCAAUGCGCCGUACGCGAACUCAAAGAAGAGACUGGGUAUGUCGGUGUAGCGGAGCAGACGAGCCCGAUUAUGUACAACGACCCGGGUUUCUGCAAUACCAAUCUCAACAUGGUUCAUGUGAGCGUAGAUAUGAGCCUUCCUGAGAACCAGAACCCGAAGCCAGAGCUGGAGGAAAAUGAAUUCAUCGAGUGUUUCUCUGUUCCCCUAGCUUCUUUGUUUGAGGAGACCAAAAAACUUGAACAACAGGGCUAUGCGAUCGAUGCUCGAAUUGGCACCCUGGCUGAAGGAAUUGAGUUGAUGAAGAAAUGGAAGCUCUGA